AUGACUCUUCUCAUCCUCUUGGCCGGCCUGGCUACGGCCGCCAGCGCCCUGACGGCCACCGUCAACACCGCCCAAACCUACCAGACCAUGGACGGCUUCGGCUUCUCGCAAGCCUUCGGCCGCGCUUAUGACCUGUACAACAUCCCCUCCGAUCAGCGCGACUAUGCGCUGGACCUUCUCUUUAGCCCGACUAAGGGUGCCGGCAUGACCAUCCUGCGUAACCGGAUCGGGUCCAGCAGCGGCGACUCCAUCCUGCCUAACAGUCCCGGCUCGCCCAAUAGCAUCCCACACUACAAGGCGCUCGGCACAGACUCGGUACAGGUCUGGGUGACGCAGCAGGCCGUCAAGUACGGCGUCAAGACCAUCUAUGCGGAUGCUUGGAGCGCGCCCGCGUUCAUGAAGACGAAUGGGGAAGAAAAGAGUGGCGGAUACUUGUGCGGUGUGACGGGGAAGACCUGCCCCAGCGGGGACUGGAAGCAGGCGUAUGCCAACUACCUGGUCCAGUAUAUCAAGGACUAUGCGGAGUUGGGACUGGAUAUCUCGCAUGUCGGAUUCCUGAACGAGCCGGACUAUACGGUCUCCUACUCUUCCAUGCUCUCCGACGGCACCCAAGCUGCCGACUUCAUCAAGGUCCUGCACCCGACGCUCCAAAAGGCCGGCCUCAGCCACGUCGGUAUCACCUGCUGCGACGCCACGGGCUGGUCCGCGCAGAAGACACGCACCGCGGAGCUCAUCGCCGCCAACGCCGAGGGCCUGCUGUCGCGCAUCACCUCGCACUCCUACUCCUCCGACCCAACCAGCCCCAUGGGCGCCAACAUCCCCGUCUGGCAGACCGAGACUGCAGACCUCUCGGGCGCCUGGGAGACGACCUGGCACUCCUCCGGCGGCAAGGGUGAGGGCCUGACCUGGGCGGAGAAGAUCCACACCGCCAUCACCCAGGGCGGAGUCAGCGCGUACCUGUACUGGGAAGGCUUCGAGAGGGCGACCACCAACGCAUGUCUGGUGAUUACAGACGGUAAGCGGGUGAUCCCCUCCGGCCGGCUGUGGGCGUUCGGCCACUGGAGUCGGUAUGUGCGGCCCGGUGCGGUGCGCGUGGCCAUCUCCGGGUCCACUUCGACGCUGAAGAUGACUGCCUUCAAGAAUAAGGAUGGCACCGUGUCGGUGCAGAUUAUCAACACGGGCCCGAGCGCGAGUGAAGUCACCGUUGCCGGCUUCGCGGCGGCGUCGGCCAAGGCCUAUCUCACCGAUAACAACCAUGCGCAGAUCAGUGAGACGACGGUCUCGGUCAAUGGCGGCAAGGCCAGUGUGAAUGUGCCUGGACAUGCGUUUGUGACGGUGGUGCUGAGCGGCAAUGGCUCUAGGGUUCCUCCGUCCUUGUCGCCGGCGACCAAGCCAGAGACCAAGCCAGAGACCGGGAACGCUGUCGUUACAGGACGCUGGUCGCAGUGUGGAGGGCAAGGAUGGACGGGACCGACAGCUUGUGCGGCACCAUACACCUGCAAGGCGCAGAACCCGUGGUAUUCCCAGUGUCUGUAA